AUGGACAAUUUUGAUUCGACGGCUGCACUCGUCGACGCGACACUUGGGCUCUUUGACCUCUCGGCUGACUCGUUUCCCUUUGACGACACGCGAUGCAAAAAGAUUGAACAGCGCAGGAAACAACUCGAUGGUCAGUUGUUUGUCGAUUACAUGCUCAGCCAGGCCGCCAUUGUCGAGCCAACAAAAAAGUUUCCACCGCGCACCGUCGAGGCGUUUAAGAUUCUCGUCACGGAGAUUGUAUGUAGUGACUGGGGGUUUGGGCGCACUGAAGCAAACGAAUGGAGUCAGGAGACGGCGGGCACAAAACCUGUUACGAGAAACUUGCACGCUGGACUCAAGAGAAGCUGUUUAAUCUAUUAUCUCCUCGCCUGGUGGAACACCAAUGCCCAUGGCGAAUACAGCGUCGAGCAGCGCUUGCCAAAUCAUUAUAUCGAACUCACGCACGCAUUCUUCUUUCUCGACACGGGUAAAUCCACGACGUCGCUCCCAAAGGUCUUUCAGGCCCUCUCCAUUGCGACAGACGCAGACCCCAAUGUCCUCAUCCUCCGCUAUGCACGCAUGGCAAAACCCAUCAUGAACACGCCCAAGUCGCUCGAAAUCUAUCUCUCCGCCCUCUCACAAGUCAACUUUAUGGACGCAUGGAACUAUCAACGCGGAGACGAGGGUCCAUUGCGGUUCAACUCUCUCCAUAUCAUCUUUAAAGCAAUUCUCAUCCCACGCCCGUCUCGUGCUGCCAUCCAUCUUCUCUCUGCCAUUCCCCUCCAGCUAUUCGAACAGGAUUUCUUGUACAGAUACGUCACGGAGCCACCAAUGGAAGUUCCAGAGCAAUCUCUUGCGACUCUCCAAUCGCUCGUCAUUCUUCGGCUCACCCAAGAAGGCGAUUAUACGACAGCCGUGCGCUUGAACCGCGAGUUUUCGCAAAUGGCCGAAAAGCUGCUUACCUCGACUGACGUCGCGGCAUUCGGAGAAGCAGAUGGACAGCGACCGGGCAUGAUCCUCGCUCAGAAAAACGAAGAAUGGCGCGAAAUGCUCCGCGAAUCUGUCGCACUCUUGCCCAUCGAACACAGACGUGUGCUCGAGAGCCAGAUCAACGAAGGUGCGAUCAAACCCCCAACGUCGUUUGCGAAUCCCCAUCUCCGCGCUAUUGCUCCCCAUGCGCACGACAGGCGGGAUGAAGACGAGGAGCGUGUGCGUGCGAUUGCCGGACCUUCGAUGGAAAUGUCAUGGGAGAGUAUCGAGCCCAUCGUCCCCGACUCGCAAUCGACGCCCCCACCUCCUGGAAAGGACGCUGCGAAUACGACGGCGGGGACGCUCCAUACAGAUGGUGGUGUCCCCGUCACUCCACUUUCGUCUCCGCAGAAGAGAUCACGAGUCGCGCGGUCGUCAGCUGUGUUUUCGCCUAUUGAGACGCAGACGCUUGGAAGGGUGGCAAAGGCGCCUACGCCCAAGAGACCUGGUGGACUCAUGUCGUAUAUGACACCUCUUCGGACUCCGAUGCUUGGGGCGACCACGCGCACGCCCGGGGAGACACCGAGUAGUCUUGGAUUGGAGGAUAGGAGUGGUGCGCCGCCUCCUAGUACGGGACGCGUGGCGAAUAAGAAUGCGUUUUUCGAUCCCAACGUCCGUGCGGUCAAGGGACUCAUUCUCUCUUCGGAAACACCCGUGUCCAAGGGACCUGGUGCGCAUAUCCGUCGCGCUUCUGGGGAUGUAGAGAUGCGGGAUGCGGAUGAUGGCGAUACGGAUAUUGUGGAUGAACAAGAGCAAGAGGCGUCGCGUGUUCAGGAAGAACAGGAGAGAGUGGAAAGUACAGGAGAAGACGAGUCAUAUGUCAUUGCGCCUCCGCCUCCUUUACGCUCUCGACCACUCGUUGGACGACCAGACUUUGCGGCAAAGGUGGCGCAGAUAAAAAAGGCCGUGGAUCGCGAGCAGGAACGUAGGCAGCAAGAAGAGGAAGCGAGCGCGCGGCAGCAAGAACGCCUCGCGCAGCGUGAACGAGAGGCCAUGGCCAGGCGUGCCAAACUCGAGCAACAUAGACAGAGUCUAGGGCACGACAGCUCGUUUGGCUCGGCUUCUGGUGGGACGACAGGGAAGAGAAAGAGAGAUGAAGAUGAUACGAUGACGAGGGAAGAUGCGGAAAAGAUGGAUGAGGAUGAUAGUCCUGGCGUUGGACCAAGGAUUUCGAAUGAAGCGUCCAUUGGACGCAUUAAUGUUCCCGAACCGCCUUCUUCCACAUCAUCGAGGACUACGCGCAGUGCAGUCGGAGCACAUGGAUCGUCCACGACGGCCAUUCCCUCGAGUGAUGGCGAUGGCGGGCAGGCACAUUCCCAACCACUGGGUGUGAGGAGAAGCGCGAGAACUCUCCAGCCGAAUCUCAGUCCAAUAGCUCCUGGAAGUGCCACAGGGGGUAGUCAAGGUUCUCGUGGCGGCAGCUUACGCGGACCGAGUCCGUCGACGGGACCCUCUGAGACGGGCGAUACCGAGGAAGCAGGUAGCCCACGCAUGCCUGGUGCAUUUUUCCCCGACGAAGAAGAGGAUGGAGAAACAAAGAGCCCGCGCAAGUCUACGCGUCGGUCCAAAGCCACGGCUGGCAAAGCCACUCCCGUCAAACCAUCUACGAGAACCAAACCGGAUUCAAAAACAAAGACAGAGACGAAAGCAAAACGCGGUUCUGUGGAGAAGCCUCCUUCGACUGGGUCGCAGACGUCUCAGGCGGCUCCUACGCAAAGAGGGAGAGGCAAGCGCGGUGUGAAUGUGAUAUCGGUCCCGCAACCUAUUGAAGAAGACAAAGCGUUGGAGACGGCAGAAGAGGAGAGCGAUGCGGGUAGACGAGGCAAGCGUGGUGCCGCUGGUGUCGCUAUUCCGCCCGCGGUAACUCGGCGUAGUUUGAGAGCGACGGCGUCUAUGAGUGCGGCUGAGACGACGGAAGCCGAGACGGAUGAGUUGGACGGGGAGAGUGAAGCUGUUCGGAGGAGCUCGAGAAGACUCGCGACUGGCAAAAAGGCCUAG